ACUAUGCCCUAAUGAUUGGUCUUUGUCUUUGUGCUGUCCAUGGGUCCCAUGAUCAUUCCAUAAAAUCCAGAAAUUUAAUAAAUUUCAAGGCCGAGCUUCUAACAAAAAUAAGAGAGGGCUGACGAACGAGAACUAGUUGAAGUGAAUUAGGCGGAAGGCCCAUCGAUUAGAGGGUCGUUUUAUCCUACUUGCUUCUUAUGCACUCAGCGCUUGUAUCGCUUCUCAUCUAACCAUGGAAAAAUGGACGGUCGCGCGAUUCGAACACAUGCCAUGCGCCAGCGAAUUUUCGUCGCAAAUAGAGCCUCAUAACAUGCCCGUGGUAUUUGGCGGUUGUGUAGCCGACUGGGAUGCCAUUAACAAGUGGAAUCCCAACACUGGCGGUCUGCACCAUCUCCAGUUCUUGCUUUCAGAUGUAUGCUGGGUCAUCAACAGUUGAGGCAAUGCUGUCUCGAUUGGGAUCAAUAUUUUAUGGAGAUAUUAGAGGCCACGAUAGAAUUUCAUUAUCAUUUUCUACCUUCAUAAAUCUAUGCAAGAAGAGCAGAGGAAUUCACAGUGAGGCAAUUGAUGAAAAACGAGGUCAAGAUGGAUGUCAUAUGUUAGAGGAUGAUUCAAAUGAAGGUCUUUGUAGUUAUUUAGAUGCUGGCUCUCAGAUUUAUCUGGCCCAGGUUCCACUUUUCAACAAAGACAAGAAAGGAGAAUCUCCUUUGGCAGGACUACUCAAAGACAUAAACACGCCAAGAUUUUUGGAUCCAGAUGUUCUAUCAAGCAUCAAUUUGUGGAUGAAUGUAAUUCGUUCCAGAUCAAGUACACAUUAUGAUCCACAUCACAAUUUGUUGUGUGUUGUUGCAGGGCGCAAACAAGUGGUAUUGUGGCCCCCUAGUGCAGCACAAUUUCUCUACCCUAUGCCAGUUUGUGGGGAGGCCUCAAAUCACAGUGCUGUCAACCUUAUUGAACCUGAUUUAGAAGUCCAUCCACGGGCCAAAUAUGCAUGGGAUCACUGCCAAAAAGUUGAACUGAAUGCUGGUGAUGCACUUUUUAUACCAGAAGGAUGGUUUCAUCAGGUGGACAGUGAUGAUUUAACCAUAGCAGUCAACUUUUGGUGGCCAUCAAAAAUUAUGCUAGCAAUGCAAAAACACAUGGAUUCUUACUAUUUGCGUCGAAUAAUUAGCAGAUUAGUGGACUCUGAGAAGGAGCGAAUGACAGCAGAAGUAUCAGUUAUUGAACAUAAAAAAGAAGAAACAGAUAAAAUAAAUCACAACUGUUCAGCCAAUUCUGAUGUAGAAGAGUUGAAGGAUAAUUUUUUUGCGGGACCUACUCUUUCUCCACGAUUUACAGAAGACUGCUUCACAAGAGGGAUGAGAUCUAUGAAACAUGAGCAGUCACCCAAUGAGUUGGGAAAUUCCUUACAAGAAACAGAAACCGGAAGGUCAACAGUAGCUGUUUGUUCUGUGGAUACAAGUAUACAUACUGCUAUUCCACAGGAGAUAAGUGGCAGUGUUGGCAAGGAGCAAAAUUGUGACACCAUGGCUUGCCAGUCAGGAGACCUGAAACCUUGUUAUUUGAGUCCAACUUCCAGUGGAUGCAAUCUUCAUGGGGUUGAGUUUAAAAAUAACUAUGUCCUGCAGAAAUUGAACUCUUUUGAGUCACACCUACUCAAUACUCUUAUUUCAUACGUGCAUGAAAAAAUAGACUCUUCAUCUAUCAAAAUGGCAGAUCAGACUCUUGAUCAGAAAGAAAGUAGUGCAUCUGAGUUUGUGCGCUUUCAUUCUGUGUCAGAGUGCUUUCACAAGAAUUAUUCUUCAGGAGAUGAUAUAAUUGCCAACAUACUGGGCCAUCUGAAACCCGCAACGCUUCAGAAAUUACUUCUUGUGAUGGUGAACCAGUUUCCUAGAACACUAGAAGCGCUCAUCAUUCAUGGGCUUUCACCUAAAGCUGCAGAAAUCUUGACACAAAAAUUUGAUGAAAUGGACAAGGAAGCUGCAAAAGAUGAACAGGAAGAGUUUUACAGGUUAUUUUACAGUGUCUUUGAUGAUCACCAUGCAGCUAUGGAAGUUAUUUUAAAUGGAAAGGAGUCCUUUGCAUUUCUAGCAUUAAAAACUGUUCUGGAGCGAUACCUGGGAGUAAAUUGUGAAUGGUCCCAAACUUAGGUUUGUUGAAAAUGGAACUUGAAGGAGCUUCCAAAACUAUCAUGUCUGGAAGAACGGGUUUCUUUACUUCUGUCAACAUUUUUGUUAUAAUUUGGGCAAUCUUCCAGUCAUUUUACCUGGAGUACUAGUUUAUCUCAAUAUUCAAGAUAUGCAUACUUGUUUUUUUUAUAGCAGUUUGUUUAUGUGCAUGUAUGCUGUUUAAACUCCAAAACAGUGGUUCUAGAGAUGACAAAGUUUGGAGAGCUGCAGAACCUGGAUAGAUAGCGGUACAUUAGUAAAAGCACUAAACAACCCACCUGCUUGAUGCUGCUGUUCGGAUACUAAUUAAUUCUUCAUAUGAGAUACAUGGUUUCUAAGGUGCUUUUGAUAGCUUUUGUUGGCAGAGAUUGAUGCUUUUUUGACUCUGUAAGCUAACUGUAGAUAUCUUAAGCUUAUGACCACAAUUUGCUUUUUUAUUAUCAUAAGCUGCUUUCUGUUUCUUUUGAAUGCAUAUAGUUUCAUUAUCUGAGCA